UACUAAUCAGAAGUAGCGACAUUUUACGACUUUAUUUACAGCACUUCACGGCAGUUGUGAAUGGUUAGUCGUACUGAUGAUACUGAUUAGGAAAGAAUUAGACCCCCAUGGAAAAUUACUGCAAGGCCCGCACGGUGGAGCAGCCGUGUCCCUGUCCGUUCCCCGGGCUGCCCAGUGACACCCCUGAAGUGCGCGUGAAAGACGGCAGCAAGAUUCGCAACUUGAUGGGCUUCGCUGUGGGUCGCAUGGACGUCGAGGCCGUCCGCUGCAUCCUGUUCACGGGGAGCGGCCGGAGCGUGGCCAAGGCCAUCACGUGCGUGGAGAUCCUGAAGCGGCGCGUGAAAGGACUGCACCAGCACACACAGCUCCUCUACCAUACUGUGGAGGAGAUGUGGGAGCCACGAGAGCCCGACGCCGGCCUGGACACACUCACCGUGAGCAGGAAUGUGCCAGCCAUUUGGGUGCUGCUUUCCAAAGACCCACUGGACCCCACGCGACCCGGAUACCAGGCCCCUGGCAGGAUUGAUGCCCUCUGGGCGCAGGCUGCCAAAGAGGAGGCGGCGGAGAACAAGCAGGGGUCCAGGAGGAAGAGAGGAGGAGGAGGAGGAAGAGGAGGAGGUGGUAGUGGAAGGGGCAAGGGGGGUUCUGCUCGGCAGGGGGUGCGUUGGGAAGGUGGAAAAAUGCAAAAACAAGGAGUACAGCAACGAUGAAUCCCCCCCCUCCAUCAUGUCACUGACUGUCCAGAAUGACCAAACUGUGCAUGAAACCCUCGUGGUGUUUCUAAGACUAUUGAAAAAUGAAUGCCAAUAUAAUGCACAGAAUGAUGUAUUGGGUGAUAAAUAUCUCACCGCAAAUAAGUAAAUAUUUGGCUAAUAAUUCUGCAUUGUAGCCAGUCAAGAAAUCUAGUGUAUUUUUUCCACUCCUUGCUGAAAUAAACAUUUGAUAAUUGAA